AGGUGGUGAAGUGAAUCAAUAUUUCAUUUCGCCCAAGAAUAGAUGAUCAGGUAGUACUUGAGGAGGCAGGCGCACUCCUGAAUUUUCAUAGGUACUUGACGCCGUCCAGUCCAGCAGGGCAGGCGAGGGCCGGACCGCACCGCCGCCGGAGACCAGACCGGACCGGACUGGACGACCUCUCCUCCGACUCCGGCUCCGAUCCGCCGCCGACCUCCGAGAGGUAAAGCCCGCCUCCUUCACUCGUGCUUGUGCCGGCCAACCAAUCGCCUCAAUAGUACCCUAUCCACAGCCACAGGGAUGGGGAUGGAUGAUGCAGCUAGCGCGUAGGGUAUAGACCUCGUUGGGAUCUUGCUUGUCUUCGCCAUGGCCACCAAGUCGUUUCUCCCUCCCCCAUUCUCCUCUUCCCCGACGCAGCCUCCUCCCGCCCUCGCCCUCGCCCUCCCCAGGGCCCGCCGCCGCAACUCCCUCGCCUGCUCCGCCACCGCCCAAUCACCCGAUGCCGGCGGCAACAGGAACACCAACCCCUUGGCGCCGCUCCUCGACGUGCCCCGCACGCUGUGGCGCCGCACCAUGCAGCCCCUCGGUGACUACGGGUUCGGCAAGCGGAGCGUCUGGGAGGGCGGCGUCGGCCUCUUCAUGGUCUCCGGGGCCGCGCUUCUCGCCCUCGCGCUCGCCUGGCUCCGGGGCUUCCAGCUGCGCUCCCGCUUCCGCAAGUACCACGCCGUCUUUGAGUUCACUCAGGCCUGCGGGAUUUGCGUCGGCACGCCCGUGCGCAUCCGCGGGGUCACCGUCGGGAACGUCGUCCGCGUCGACUCUUCGCUCAAGAGCAUUGAUGCUUAUGUUGAGGUUGAAGAUGAUAAAAUUAUUGUGCCCCGCAAUUCAGUGGUUGAGGUGAACCAGUCUGGUCUUCUAAUGGAGACGCUGAUUGAUAUAACACCAAAAGACCCACUUCCUACACCUUCAGUUGGUCCACUUGAUCCAGAAUGUUCGAAAGAAGGCUUAAUUCUCUGUGAUAAGGAAAGGAUGAAAGGGAAACAAGGAGUAAGCUUAGAUGCACUGGUUGGAAUAUUUACUCGUCUAGGAAGAGAUAUGGAGGAAAUUGGUGUUAAUAAAAGCUAUAAAUUGGCUGAAAAAGUAGCGUCCAUAAUGGAAGAAGCACAGCCCCUUCUUUCACGGAUAGAAGCAUUAGCUGAAGAAAUUCAACCUUUGCUUUCUGAGGUUCGUGAUAGUGAUCUGGUGAAGGAUGUGGAGACUAUAGCUAAAGGUCUGGCUGAUGCAUCCGGUGAUUUGAGAAGGCUGAAGUCUUCCAUGCUUACUCCUGAGAACACUGAUCUUAUUAAGCAGUCUAUUUUCACUCUUAUCUUUACUCUGAAGAAUAUUGAGAGUAUCAGCUCAGACAUAUCUGGUUUCACGGGUGAUGAGGCGACAAGGCGGAACAUCAAGCUGCUUAUCAAGUCUCUUAGCAGACUGUUGUGAUUGCUCAUGAAUAACACGAGGAGCUUUCGCCAUUGGGAAGCACCGAUACAGGAGUUUGCUAUUAGGUUGCAUUUCUUGAAAAAAUAGGGGGAAAGAGGAAAGUGCAAGUUGAGAAUGAGAUUUAGUAAAAGGUCUUUUGGACAGAGGGGAACCGAUGUUUGAUGAGUUUUUUGAAGUGGAAUGAAGUGAUCUCUGGUUUUGUUUUGUUUUCCAAGUCAUUCCUGAAGAUCAUUAAUUAGAACAAGAAAAGGACGGGGAAAGGUGUAAUCUCCGUUAGCUGUUUUGUGUAGGCAUCUUCUUCUUCUUUUGGAGGCAUUGUAGGCCGAUUUUUGUUUGAUUUUGUGAUGUUUCAUUCUCUGUCUUUGCGCAAAGGUGACCAGAAAGGAAUGCAUAAAUACAUGAAACCACCUUUGUUUCUGAAACUGUGAAUGAAUCAUCUUGGCGUGUACUA